AUGUUCAGCCAAAAAUAUAGUUAUCAUCAAGUAAAAUUAGAGACAGCCCGUGAAGAUAUAGAAACAGUUUUAUCAACAAGGACAAUAACUGACUGGUUUUCUUACUGUCGGGAGACAGUAAUUAUUUAUGAAUUAGAGCACCAAGAAGUUAACAGCAAGAUAGGUGGUCCAGGCAAAAUAGUGCAAUUAGAUGAAUCAAAAUUUGGCAAAAGAAAGUACAAUAAAGGGAGACAUAUUGAAGGCCACAGAGUCCACCUAAUGAGAGCCUAUGAUUGCCUACCUCAAUAUGGAUACAUACAUAAGAAAGUAAAUCACAGCGACCCUAUAAAUAAAUUUGUGGCACCAGACGAGACACACACACAAAAAAUAGAAAGUCACUGGCGAAAUUUAAAAGUGAUGUUCAGUAGGGAUGGUUACAAAGCAAACUUUACAGACUGGAUCAUUGAAUAUUCUUGGCGAAGAAAAAUAAAAAUAACACAAAAAGAUGUCUUCGAAGAGUUAAUUAAGGCUAUUCAAUAUGUUUAUAAAAUUGAUUAA